CUCGUGCAUUCAUACACGGAAAGGCAACAGACUUGUCGUCACAUACCGGAAAAAUAAUGGCAAACACCCCAAACACUGGUGGAGUCUGUAAAAGUACGGAAGACUGCGCCGUUUGCUUGGACAAAAUUCAGGAGAAGAAAACGUUAAAGUGUCGUCACUCUUUCUGCUCCGCGUGUAUCGACUCUGUUUUCAAGUUUAAACCGGCGUGUCCGAUAUGCUACACCUACCACGGAGUGUACAAGGGGACCCAGCCGGAGGGCACCAUGACGGUGAUGCGCAGCUGGCAGACCCUGCCCGGCUUUGAGCACUGCGGCUCUAUCGUCAUACAGUACAGUUUCCCAGCAGGGAUACAAGGGCCUCAACACCCAAACCCUGGAGUGAGAUACAGCGGUACCUCUCGGACUGCUUUCCUGCCAGCCACAGAGGAGGGCGAGAAAGUCCUAAAGCUGCUGAAGAAAGCCUUCGACAGGAGACUCAUCUUCACCGUAGGACGAUCUGUCACCACAGGCCUCAACAACGUCAUCACCUGGAAUGACAUUCAUCACAAGACCAACAUGGCGGGUGGUCCACAAUGUUUUGGGUAUCCAGAUCCAGAUUAUUUGUCCAGGGUUCAAGAGGAGCUUCGUCUUAAAGGAGUGACACUAGAUGACUGAUGGAUGAAGACAAUCGGAGGAUGUCCUUCAAAUACAUUUGACUCUUUGUAUGGUUACAAAGUCUCUAAUUUCCAGUUUGCACUUUUUGCACUCCUCAAGCAGGGAUCGUCAUCACUGACGCUAUGAGAUGUUUUUAGUCUAUGAAGGGGAUACAUGGAACUAUUGUUUAGAGAUGUGAAGGUCGGUGGCUUUUCCCAAAGAGUUUUUUUUAACUGCCAACUGACUAUGCAAAAAAACAACACAAAAAGCUCUGAACACAGUCUGUGCAGCAUGUGAGCCAACAAAACAAAGAUUACAUUGCAGUUGGUUAAUAAAAGAGUUAUUUAGUACUACUGAUCAUCAGAGUUCAGUAAGGUAUAUAUCUUUCAACUUUGGAUCACAGGUCUGGAGCCUAAAAGCAACAUAGGAGGCAGAACAGGUGGUAAAAACACAUCAUCUGUGAAAUGCAUAGAUAAAGAUUCCUAGGAAUAUGAGAGAUGAUAAUAUAUAUAUAUAUGGCAUUGUCAUAGGUAGUGUAUUGUGUGAAAAGGAUAAUCUCUUAUUCUCAACAAAUCUGAAUCAUUCCUAUAAUCACUGUGUAGCCAAAGCCAAUAUAAGAUAUAGCUAACUGUGCUGUGGACCCUCAUUGUUGUCCAGAACCCUAAUAUAACCACAGGUGACAUGUUCUUCAUUACAAUGGACAUGGGCAUUGUAGUUUGUUUUAAGAUGAUUCCACAUACACUGUCCUGCUGCUGUUAAUAUUCAGUAAUGCACCAGAUCUGUGGCUGAAAAUAGACUCCAACAAAAGCAGUAUUUACUAAUGUUUUAAUAAUAAAAAUAAAUAUUCGUCUCAUAUGCUUACGUCUUUAUUAGGAUUAAACAGGUUCAGGGAUGAGACAGGGAAGUCAGAAAGUACUGAGAUGUCGGUUUUGGUCCUUUCAAGGGAUAUGUUGACACUAACUCAACUCUGAACUCAACUUUAAUUAUAUAGCACCUUUUAUACAACAUGCAGUCCAGAGUGCUUCACAGAGCAGGAUUAAAACAGCAAAGACAAAAAAGUCAAAACAAUAAAAAUAGACAACAGUCAGUAGAAUUUUGCAAGACUAAAAUUUACGACAAUAAACAAAAUACAAGGGAUAAAAAACAGUAGAAAGACCAGACUUAAAAACUGAGGCAACAAAUGUUGGUGCACCUUAAGUAAAAGCUAGUCUUAAGGUGUCUUUUAAAAAUAUCCGUGCCUCACAUCCUCAUGCAGACUGUUACAGAAACUAGGGUCACAGAGGCUAAAUGCUGACUCCCUAUGCAUCCUUGGGAGAUCCUUGGGAGCCUUAGUAGGAGGCCAGCUGCAGAGGGCCCUGGAGACCUGCUAGGUACAUAUCUAAAAAGCAUGUCUGAGUGUUAGACUGGUGUCAGGCCAUUCAGUGAUUUUUAAACUACUUAGAGAACCUAAAAAUAUAUUCUCCCCGUCUGUCAGUACUUGUGUCGCUGCUUUCUGAGCAUGUUGUAUGCGGCAGCAGCUUAUAUAGACAUAAAGAAAAUCAUUACUCUUAUCAUAAAGCACCUUUAAUAUCAUGUUAAUUAACGUUGUGCCUUUCUAUCACACCAGUCAACGCACUUGUGGCAGACCAAAGGAGUGUCAGGAGCGAUCUCAAGUCCAGUCAUGUAGCUAUCAAACUCUUUUGGUCCAAAAGCAUCUUUGAUAUUUUUCAGUCCUGCCUCUUGCCUGUCUGCUCCACUAGAGGGUGAUGCUCUCCUCAAAGAAGACUGUGUGAUGGUGUCUGCUUGGUAUGCAGCUGUAUCAUCAUCACAAACCCACAGUCCCGCAGCACCUCCCAAACCUCAUCGCCCAAAGUCAGUGAGAGGAGCAGAGCAUCUGCUAUAGAUGAUGAGUCAUGUGUUUCUAUGGUGCUCGGGGCAGUUUUAGCAGCAGUGUAUGUACGACAGAGGGAACUGUUAUCACCAUGUGUUUGACCACAUUGAACUGAUUGUUUUAAGGUUUCUGAUUGCUGUGAAUAUACUAUUAUACGGACAGUGUACCCUAAAAUCAAAUACACAUAUUUUUCCUCUUACCUGUAUUCUGCUUAUCAGUCUAAGUUGUUUUGGUGUGAGCUGCCGAGCAUUGGAGAUAUCGACUGUAGAGACGCCUUAUCUCCAGUGUAAUGGAACUAGAUGGCACUUAGCUUGUGAUGCUCAAAGCGCCAAAAAGAACAUUUAACUCAACAGCAAUGUCUCUUUCUGUAUCACUGUGCAGAAGGGAGUGUGCAUCUACUCAUGGACAAGUGUCUUGUGCUCAUGACAGUGUGAGAUGUAAACAUUAUGGUGUCCUCCUCGGCUAAGCUAUAACAUUAGCUAGCUCAGUGGUGCUAGGUGAGCUAACAGUAGAUGCACGCUUCCUUCUGCGCAGUGAUACAGGUGGUUGGUGUAGUUUGGUAAAAAGAAAAUAGUUCCUACAUGAAACUGCUCACAACAAGGUCUGUGGAUUAUCUUGAAUAACUGGGUCAUGAUUUCUGGAAAGAGACAUUGCUGUUGAGUUUUUCAGAUGGUUUUGUUUUCCGCUUUACCACAAGCCGAGUGCCAUCUAGUUCCAUUAUAUUCAAGAGAAGGCAGACAUCUCUACGGCCAAUACCUCCAACACUUGGCAACUCACGCCAAAACAAUGUAGACUAAUAAAUAGCACUACAGGUAAGAGGACAAACACUGCAUGUAAGCCCCAUUUAUGCUUUUCAGGUGAACUGUCCUUUUAAAGAUGAGUUGUUGUAUGUACACAGACAAACCCUGAUUCAAUUUAAAGGUUAAUAAAGACAAAAGAAUUC